CAUGAACGCCCGGGUCGGAGUUGGCGUCUUCGUCCUCAAUCAAGAUAACCAGUUCAUCAUUGGGAAGCGGAUAGGAAGUCACGGAGCCGAUACAUGGGGUUUACCAGGGGGACAUCUCGAAUUCAACGAAUCAUUCGAAGACUGCGCGGUCCGGGAACUCAAAGAAGAGACCGGUCUCGAUGUGGAAGAUGUGCGCUUUCUAACGGCUACAAAUGAUAUCAUGGAGAUGGACAAGAAGCACUACGUGACGGUGUUUGUGGCUGCGAGGGUGCGAGGGGAUGCGCAACCAGAGAUUCUAGAGCCUCAUAAAUGUGCCGAAUGGAAAUGGGUGACCUGGGAAGAACUCGGAUUGGACCGGCUGAAGCAGGUUGAGGCCGACAGGGAGGGAGUCGAAACCACAGGACGGAGGCUGUUUCUGCCGCUUUUGAAUCUGUUUUCUCAGCGGGAGGGGUUUUCUCCUUCGAAUUGACGGGUCUCUUCUUCUUGUCUGGUUUUGGCAUGAUUGCGAAAUAUGACUGUGAUGAUGAUGAUGAUGAUGGGUGGCUGGGUUUUUUUUUGGCAAAGUAGUAAAUUUAGGCUCGUUUUGAAUAUUGAAUCAGGACUGUUAAAUGAUAGUCAUUUCAAUCUCCUUUGAG